GUCCUUCUCUCUUCCCAUAACAUGAAAUCUCUUUAGUUCUCAUUUUUGUUUAUGUCCUUGCUUUAUUACAAGGUCAAAUGAAUUCAAGAGUUUGUUUGUCAUUAUAAAAUUUUUAAAUUAAUAUUUUCGUUUUGUUUUGUUUUGGGUUGUAAGAUGCAAACUUUUCGUGCCAGAAAUUUAAAUCUAUUAGAACUGAAGAAAAAUCAUUGCGUUACUUACUGUGGAAUUGUUUGAGUUGUUUGUUUAUGUCCAAAAUGAGAUUUUUAACUGCAAGACAAAAAAAUGAUGAAAUAUCCUCUGCUAAUCAAAGAGAAGCAUUGUGGUUUUUUGACUCGAUGAGAGCUGUUUGGAAUUUGGCAAAUUUAUUGCAUUAAGAUAAUCAUUUGAAGAGUGUAUAUGGAUCUCUUUUUGAAUACAUGAAAUCAGUACUUCAAAAAUAUUCUUUGCAUAAGUUAUGUGAAGAAAAGAGAGUCUAAGGAGGAUGUGUUUUAAGUGUAUGAAAUUGAUUUGAAAUAGUGAGCUUCUUUUUUUUCAUUCUAAAAUUAUCAGAUCUUCCAACAUGGAUAGUGUUCCUCAGAACACAAGUUGUUGUGUUCGUCCUAAAUGGUUUAGUUCUGUGUUCAAACAAUGUGAUGUGCCUGAUUAUUGUUGUGGAUGCUGUUCUGCAUUGCGUCCUCGAUAUAGAAGACUUGUAGAUAAUAUAUAUCCUUCUGAUCCUCAGGAUGGUCUUGUUCGAAAUAAUAUGGAAAAAUUAACUUUCUAUGCCCUUUCAUCUCCUGAGAAACUUGAUCGUAUUGGAGAAUACUUAGCUUGGAAAGUGUCACGGGACAUUGCAAGGCAUAGACAUGGGUAUGUCGUAAUUGCAAUGGAAGCCAUGGAUCAACUGCUCAUUGCUUGUCAUGCUCAAAGUCUUAAUCUUUUUGUGGAAAGCUUCUUAAAAAUGGUGCAGAAACUUCUUGAAUGUCAUGAAGCUGAUAUGCAACUCCUUGCAGCUCAGUCGUUUGUAAAGUUUGCUCAUAUUGAAGAAGAUACUCCAUCAUAUCAUCGUGGAUAUGAUUUCUUUGUUUCAAAAUUCUCAUCUCUCUGUCACAACAACCAUGAUGAUCUAGAAACACGAAACAGGCUGAGAGUUGCUGGGUUGAAGGGGAUCCAAGGUGUAGUGAGGAAGACAGUGAGUGAUGAUCUACAAGUGAAUAUAUGGGAUGAAACUCACAUGGAAAAAAUUAUCCCUUCUCUCCUUUUCAAUAUGCAAGAUCACUGUGGCAGUUUGACUGAAACACCAGAUUCCCCCCUAGAGGAAGCAAAUCCGUGGUCAUUAGCUGAAAACUGUUUGCGUGAACUUAUGGGCCGAGCAACAUUUGGAAAUGUUCGAUCUGUUAUUAGACCUGUCUUGAAACACUUAGACAAUCAUAAAUUAUGGGAUCCAAAUGACUUUGCUGUUCAUACUUUCAAGAUUAUUAUGUAUUCUAUUCAGGCGCAAUAUUCAUAUGCUGUGAUUCAGAUAUUAAUGAGCCAUUUAGAUGAGAAGUCAAGGAUGGCUGAGUCUGAGAGAAAGGGAAAAAAACCAAAAGCAGAUGCUAAAGUUCGUACUGGAAUUGUUAAUGUGCUUGCGAAUAUAGUUUCCAUAGCUGCAGGGGAAAGUAUAGGCCCCUCAGUCCUGGAAAUUUUUAAUUCAUUGCUUAAUCAUUUGAAGCAUUCGAUUGAUAUUAGAACAACUACUGAAACAGAUGAACUGGACGAAAAACAUUUUCAAGAAUGUGUCAUUAACACUCUUGGUGAAUUUGCAAAUAACUUACCUGAUUUCCAAAAGAUAGAAAUUAUGAUGUUUAUUAUGGGAAAAGUGCCACUUCCUACUAAUGAAUCUCAUGAAGCUGAUGUAUUACUUCAAAAAAUUUUGCUAAAGAGUUUGCUGAAGGUUGGAACAAAAUAUCGAACUGUUCAAAUGUCUCAGGCUUUUCCUUCAGCCUUUUUGCAACCAUUAUUGCAAAUGUCUUUAGCAUCUGAUACUGCUGUUAGACUUGUUGUUCAGCAAAUUCUCCAUACCUUGCUUGAUCGGCAUAAUUACUUACCUAGUCUCACAAAAGUUUGUGUUGUAGGUCCUCUUCCUGAUAUUAAGAUUGAAAAAUGCUCAAGGCAAGAUAUUAUGUUCUUCAAAAAGAAUGGACCAGACAUAUUGAUGCAUAUGUAUGAAAAUGUGCAAAUUGCCAAUAAUACUGCUGAAAAUUUUGAAGCUAUUUACACCACAUUAGCUCUAAUAUGUGUUGAAUUCGGUACUGAUAGUGAAGUUCUCAUUGAAUUACUCCGUAUAAUAUUUGCUAUUCAGGAACUGCCAGCAAAAUCGAGCUCAUUGUCAUCUGGGCAGCAGUGUGCAAUGCAUAUAUUAGUUGCUGGUUUCUUAUACUUCCUAGGCCACCUUACUGCAAUUCCUUCUUUUUGUGCUCAUGUUGAUCAGGUUGUGAAAGCUCGUUUAGAAAAAGGUCGUCAGUUGCUCCCAGAUGAGAAUUUAACAUUUGGCUUGUUUAGCUCAACUCCUGACAAUAUAGAUGAAGCUAUGUUAUUUGAUAGUGCUGUCAUAGCUGAAGCUUUAAGAAGUAGUGGACAUGAUACAGCACGUUUGCUUGCUCCAUAUAUUCCUCGUCGAGUUGGUCAAGUUACUGUUACACGAAGCAUUAGUGACCUGAACUCUAUUAGUGUUGAAGUAGAUAGCGUGAACUCAUCCCCUGGUGUUCCGAGAAAGCAUCCAGAAGAGGAAAUAACUGUUGAAUCUCUUAAGAGAAUGCUUGCAGAAUCUCCAACUGCAAAACGCCAGGCAGAAGAUGAACGUCGAUUGCGCAUAGUAGAAGAAUUCAGAACUGCUGCAUUUGAAGAUCUUGUUGCAAAAGCUGAACAGCAGACUGUAGAUCUACAGAAUAAAUUAAAUGAGAUAUUUGGAAAAGUACCAGCUGCUGUUGAUAUUUCUUCUCGACCGAAUUCUCCACAUCCAAACAGCAGAGAUGAACACAGACAAAUGCCUUUGGCUCCUCCUGUUUAUAAUAUAAAGUUUCCCAGCCAUUUCAUUUACUAAAAACUUGUUUUAACUCAUUUAUUUUUCAAAAUGCAUAAAAAUUUCUUCAUAGGAAAAAGUGUAUUUAUAUUUCUCGUAAUCCAUAUUAUAUAUUCUUAUGCCCAAGGUAUGACAUUUUUAUUUAUUGAAAGUAUAUAGAAUAUAUGUAUAUAUUUAAAAAUGUUUUGAAUGUUUUAACUUGAGAAUUCAAAUUUACUAAUUUAACAGAGAAUAUUUUUGCACAUUUAUGCUUGGUAUUUUUUCUUAUGUGCAUUUUUUGUUUAUUAGUUAGGUGAUAUUUGAUAUUACAGAAACAACUAAUAUUAAAAAAUAAUUAUGUAUUUAAAUAUUAAUUUGCUUAUAUAAUCUUAAAUAUCAAUGUAUUUUAUAUUUUUUAUUUGCUGAUGAGGGGUAAUACAUGAGGAAUGUAAUUUAGGAUUUACAUUAACAAUCUUUUAAACUGAAAAGUAAUUUCAAUAAAUUGGUUAGAAAUCUUAGAAAUGCAUACUUUAAAUUAAUAUUGUUUGUUACAUUACAAGCAAAUUUUUUUUAAUGAUUUUUAAUGUUAAGUUGCAUUUUUCUCUUGAACUGUAUUUCCCCUCCCCCUCUUUAUAAUAAACCUAUUUUGCAAAAAUUUCUUUAAUUAUGUUAUGGUUUAUACAUAUAUGUCUAGAAUCACAGUGUAGAAUUUAUUUCCAUAUGUGAAGUAAUGCUAUCACGUUGCUAUGCAACAAAAAUAUAUUUGGAACACACUGUUCAAAAUUGUGCAUAGUAUCUCAAGCAAAUAUUAAAUAUAAAAUCCUUUCUUAUAGUAACCAUCUUUAAAAUUCAGAGAAUAAUCUUCCAUUAUAUGUCUAGAACAUAUUCUGAUACUGCACUUUAAGCUAUUUAUUAAUAAUUCCUUUAUUUAUGAUUUGAAAUGUAUAUAUUAAAAAAGUGUUUGGCUGUGUAAAAAUCCAUUUAAAUUCUUGUGCUCAAAAGAUAAAACCCAGGGGCAGGAAUAAAAAGUUUCCAAAUAAAUUAUAGUAUUUUUUCUCAGUCAUUAUUUUCUAUUAUAUAUAUUAUAUAUAUAUAUAUAUAUAUAUCUAUUGUCUUAAGUUUAUUUUAUAAAUAUUCUGAUAGGUUCUGAUUAUCUUAAGUUUGUCCUAUAAAUAUUCUGAUCGGGAAAUAUUCUCAUCUCUUUGGGAGCAGUUGCCUAGAUGAGUUUUCUGAUUUUUCACUUGAUUAGGGGAAUAUAAUUUUUAGCUGUAAAUUCAGGCAUAUACUUAAUUGUUCUGUUGAGAAUAAGGAAAAAAAUAACUUUUAUGUAACUUUGCUGAAUUUUCAAAGCGUAUAUUGAUAUGGAUUUAUUAUUCAGUAUCUCUAUAAACUUACUAUUCACUAUCAUCUAUAAAUAUUUAUCUUCUUUGCUUGUAUUUAAAAUCCCUUCAUAUUUAUUCAGUUGCUUAAAAAAAGAUUUUCUGUAUUUAUAUAUUUAUCUUUAAAACUGUGAUUUUGUAAAUAUUCUUGUUAUUGUUGAGUAUUUAGUAUUACAUUAAAGAGAUUAUAUAUAGAGAGAAUAUAGUGUUGGACAUUUUAAUUUUAUUUAUUUAUUAUUUAUUGCUUUCUUAAAGAUUUUGUCGAGGUAUAUAGCACUUUGAUGUUCUAAUUAAAAAAAAAAAAAAAGUUUUUUUUUCUUUUUAAUAUAAAAGAUUUUGAUUUAUAGGAAACCAGCACUCCAUCAAUUUGAUUUAAUGGACAUAGUCAUAUUUCUGUAUUUUCAUACACAAAUUUCUUGAAAUUGACUUUAUUUUCAUUUUUCAAAUAUAUUUUAUUUUUUUUAAAUUAUCAGCAUGAAGGGUAUUUUUAAGGAAUGAAUUUAUUUCAUAUGCUAUCCAUAAUACAAGAACACUGUUAGUUCUUAAUUAAAUAUUAUAUGUCUAUGCAGUGCUUUUUAAAUUUACACCUUCUGUUAUCUCAUAUUUAUUAUGUAAUUAUUUUAGAUUUGUGUUUCUUAUCAUGUUUUUGAUUUUGAACAAGCACACUUAGUGCACUGAUGAAUGUAGCUUUCUGUUCCAAUCAUUGUAUUGUUUUAUAUGUGUACGGAUUGUAGUACUGUUGUAAUUAAAAUUAAUUGAAAAGAUUUCCAUGUUUUCAUUAGUCUUAUUUCCAAAAUUGAGAUAUAUGUAUAUGUUGCAUUGAGUAUAAUUAAACAUACAUCUAAUCAUGUAACUAAAAGCUUUUCUGAUCACAACAAAAAUACAAGUAAAAAGGUUAUUGAAAUAUAUUUGAUCUAGGGUUAAACAGAAGUAUUAGUUCCUUCUUUUGAGUGAAUCCUCGCCGACAUGAUCCUCACAGACGGAGUUAGCUGGAAGUAAUCUGACAUCACUGUCUUGCAUCAGAUUUGAUUUCGUGCAUUUAAAACCAUAAUUCCUUUCUGCUAUGAGGUAAUGUUUUAGAGAUGUGCAUAUCCCAAAUUAAUUUUAAUCAUAUAUAUUUGUUUUCUAGUAAUGCAAAUGUAAGAUAUUACAAAAUAUGAUGGCUGCUUUAAAAAUAAUUGGUGACCUCAAAAUUAACUGUUCUAGAUUUGGUGCUUUUCCCUAAACUCAUCUAUUCUCCUAAAUUUAAGAUCCUUCCAUGUUAUAUAAACACCUAAAAUUAACCAGUCACAGAUUAGCUGCAUGUAUACAUCAAAGUUAGUAUGAAUACUCUUGGCAUAUUAAACUAUGUCAUUCCUUUCCCUAGCUUUGCCCACUGUUAAUAUAUCCCCACUGCUAAGCCCACUUGCCUAAAAUGACAUAAUAUCCCUCUAUCUCUGUAUAUAAGAAGUAUUGUAAUUCAUUAUGAAUGGAUAAAUGUCUACUAAGAUGGCUUCAUAUGCAUGAAAAUAAAGAUUUGGACUUCUUCAAAA